UUUAAAGUUUGAGGCAGUUCCAUUUCUCACUUUAUUAAGGGACCAGGAGAGGGAAACCCUGUUAAUUUCCCUUUAUCAGGAUGUUUUUCAUCACAAGCACCAAUAGACGGAUGAAAUUUGGCUCAAACGAGAAGUCCAUCUCUUUUUUUUUAAAUUUUUUUUAUUUUUUUAAUUUUUUUUUUUUUUGAGAAGUCCAUCUUUUAUUCACACUUAACAAGAACCCAGAGGUUGACCCAGAGGUUCCAAGGCUGGUGCAGGAGAUGACCAACACCGUUAAGAAACCAGACCCCGGCCCAGCCGGCGGGAGCUGGGUUUGGAGAGUCCCGGGCACUCGGAGAAUCCGCGUAGCUCCGGCUGGAGCCAGGUCCGGGAACCUGCGCACUGCUCUCGUUUUCCGCGGCUUCAUCUCCCUGCGCGGCGCCGCCUGCUACCCCAUCUACUUCCAGGCCUUAAUGUGGCUGGAGGAGUACAAGAAGGAAGAAGCCAUGAAUCGAGCUGGUAUUGUUCAAGAAGAUGUGCGGCCACCAGGGUUGAAAGCGUGGUCGGAUCCAUUUGGCCGGAAAUGAGAAGACUAACACCGCCUCUAAUGAUGCAAGUAGACAGAGGCGUCAUGCUUCCUGGUCUGCAGCAAGUGCAGUAAGUCACCUGGCUGGAGAACAGUGGCUGAGCAGAAAACUCUGGAAGGCCAUAGAGAGUCCUGUGCAUGAGGAUUACGUCCCCUCUUAAAAG